CAACGGCACACCCAUUCUUAUUUCUACAUUUAUUUAUUUAUUUUAUUUUUCUUUGUCUGUUGUCCCUUUCGUCUUCUCCGAUCGAUCGAGCCACAGCUAUGAGGAUCCGCCGCCACGCCAAGAUUUCGGAGCUGCUCGUCGACGCGGCGCCGUCUCGGAAUCCGGUGAGCUGCCAUCUAGAGACGUAUAUCUGCAAGCUCAACCAGUCUCCCUGGGACGUCAUGACCUUUCCGGCGCCAACGACUUUAUCGCCGCCGUCGUUCCAGGUCGUUGGAGCUGAUGCUUCCGGCGGAAAUGGCGGUUCCGGCCGCCGUACUUCAGUUCCUGAAAGUAGGGAGAUUGAAAACACAGCAGCGAAGAAGAAGGAGAGGAAAGCGCAGUGCUGCAAGACCGACGGCAAGAGGUGGAGAUGCCGGAGGGAGGCCGCCGCCGGCAGCUCGCUGUGCGAGCACCACGUGAGAAAUUAUCAGAAUUUGGAUCGCCAUGGUAGCGCCAAUUGGAAGGUAGAUUCGCCGGAGACUGUUCGGACAAGCUCUCGAGCAGCAAAGAAGGUACAUUCCGAUUCUUACGAACUGUACUGUUAUUCUGGCUUCCGACGAGGUUGGAGCAAGAAGAAAGCACAGAGUACGGUGAAGAAGGACAGUUCUAGAAUGUUCGAUGAGAAACGUGAUAAUGAAUUGGAAUCGGAAUUGGAAGAAGAUGAGUAUGGAGGAGAUGGAGAUAUUAAUGGAGUGAAGAAGAAGAAGAAGAAGAAGACUCUGCGGAAGCCAAUCAAGGAGCGAUCUCUUGCAUCUCUCAUGUAAUGAUCGAUCGAUGGGAAACCAUUAUAUAGAUAUAUAUAUAUAUAUAUGUAUAUGUAUAUAUUUGUUCGGACAUGGAAAUUGUAAAUUAAAAAUAUUGUAUGGAUCAGCUUAAGCUUC